CAUUUAAAUCGAAAGUUGAACAAUCAAUUCCCUUGAUUAUUUUGUAGAAAAGGAAAUGGUUGUAAAAAUUUUAAGGGAUGAAAUGAGAAGAAUUAUCUUAGCUACAUUUUCAUGCUGUUUAUUUGCUGCAGUGCCAAAGUUUAGCGACUUGGAUACAUGGAAAGAAAAUUCGUUGUUAGCUGGAACAUUUGUAAUUUGCAGUUGUAUACUGUUAUAUUACAUUGAAAAAAGUUCUAUUCGAACAGAAUGGAAUUCAUACAAAUCAAAGCGAUUUCUUCAAGUAAUGAAGCUUUCUAUUGACACUUCGACAGAAGUUGUGCGUAUUCUAGCAAACCAAAAUCUGCUUCAAAAUUAUGGUGGCUGUUUAACGACAUUUCUACAAGCGAAAACGCAUUAUUUCUUUCAUCAAUGGGAACCAGGAAAGUUUACUUGUGUAUGUUCUCCUGCAGGUUGUAACAUAAAAGGUUCCAAAAGUAUGAGCAAUUGGUUAUUUAAGAAGAUAUAUUCACAAAAUUCGAAUCCAGUUGGAGGCCAUUUUAUCGUUAGAAACAAAAAAGUAGAACAACAAUGUAUACAUGCCUUUACUGUUAACCCUGGACUUUCAAUAGAUACUGUUGAUAUCACAGUUCUCGUCUUCAUUUUACGACACUGUGGAGCAUUGACUGUACAGCAAUUACAAUCAUUGGAAGAAAUUGCUUUCGUUCGAAACCAAAUGUGUCAUGCUUUUAGUACAAAACAGUAUACAGAAAUGGAACUAGAUCAAAUGUGGACCACAUUAGAGCAGGCUAUUUUAUCAGUUGUCCCGCAAUCUUUCAGAGGAAUUAUUAAAGAACAAAUCAGUCUCUUAACAAGAGUAGACUUCGAAUGCGAAGAGAUUGAAAGAAUGGGAAGGAAAAUAAAUGAAAUAAAAACUAUAUUACAAGCUAUAGAUGACGGUGUAAAUAGAAAUGGAAUUUAUUCAGAAUCAAUAAAAGAAUUAGACACCAAUAUACAGAGUACCAGAGAGGAUAUAAGAGAACUUAGGAAUACUGUUGAGAAGAAUGUUUCAGAUACUAUGGAUUUUCUUCAGUGUUUUGAGGAUAGAGAAAACAGGCUUGCGAUGUAUUUUGGAAAACUUGAAAAAAAAAUUGAAAAUCUGGAAACAACCGUUCGAACAUAUGCAUGUUGUAAAGCCAUAGAAGAUGGAACAAAAGAAAUUAAUGACUCAAAAGGCAAAAAUAAUGGAAAGAUUGAUUUGUAUAUCAAGAUACCAAGUGGUCAGAUAGACGAGGCCACUGCAAUUGAAGAGCUGAGGAAAAUCGUCCAAAAGCAAAAUGAAGCGUUCAAGAUUACAUCUGUCGAAAAGAACUGUGUACUGAUCGAGUUAGAAAUACCAAGAGAUCGUUUUACAGAUGAAGUACUACUUGAAACUUCUUUUUCGUCGAUUAUACAAAGCAUCGUGCAGGCAGGACAUGUUGAUACUGGUCUAUCUGCUUCCAUGGAAUUUCAUUUCGUAAUACAAACGACUAUAACUUCUGAUGAACUUAAAGUUCUCAAGAAUAUGUCAUCCUUUACUACAUUCUCACCGAUCAAUGAUGAGCAGUCUGCAGAGUCAGAUGAAUCUUCCUGUACAGAUGACGAAGAUGUUAGACGCGUAAUUAGCGAAGAGGAAAACGUCUUCCAAACAAAGAAAUGGAGCAAACUGGAUGAUAUUGGUGGCUAUCGUGUUACUGUAGAGACAGCAGUACAAGUUGAUCUCUUGAGUGUCCCAUAUGUAAACAAGAUUACAAAAGAUAAUAAAAAUCUUCGGGAAGAAUUACAGAAGAAGAAAGAAGCUAAUAAAGACUUAAAGAAAGAACUGAAACGAUUUCAAGGAAAAAGGCAUACUAGAAAGCGUCGGAAAUUUACACAUGACUCCAGGUCAAGACAAUGUAGUCGCGGGUCUAGUAGUGUACCUAGAGAACUAGAGCAUGUAAAACCGGAAACAAGUUACAUGCACGAUGUUAUGAAGCGGUGCAACUCGGAACCAGUUCAUCUGCAAGAGUUGAUGACAACAUCGGAAUCCGAAAGUUUUUUCAUGCACGUAUCGUCAGAACUUGCCACAUCUGAAUCAGACGUCAGUAAAGUCCUAUGAAAAAACUAUAAAGACAAAUUGAAAUAAUUAUGCAUAUCAACAGAUAGAUCUCUGAGCAGGACAAUCAUGAAAUAUCGGAAACUUUAGGCACUUUUAAGAUAAUGAUUUACCAUAUGUCUAUAAAUGCACAUAAGUAUU